AUGUCAGACUUCUUUCCGGACGCGGGCGCCGGCCUCGAACGCCUUACAGGUUACACGAACUAUAACCGUUGGGUCCACGAUUUUCGAACAAUUGCUGAAUACAAAAUGGUCUGGGAACUCAUCAGUCAGGGGAGGGCUAAUAAUGGUCAGGAACCCGCCGGCUCUGCCAAGCUUAUGUUUGCCCUGGGGCUUCUGAAAUACUGGGUCGAUCCUGCAAUAAGAGAAUGCCUUUACCAAUUCAAUGACGCUCACGAAGCUUGGAAAUACCUCGAGAAGCGGUACAAGAUGGACGACGGACUUGUGAUCAAAUUGGCGACGAAGAGCAUCCAGAAUUUGCAGCUAAAGAGAUCCCACACCGUGACAGAAUAUGUGAAGCAGCUCGAGCUUUUGAGACAUCGGAUCGUGGGUGCGGGUGGGAGAUUCUCGGAUGCUGAAAUGAUCAAAAAAGUCGCCACAGACCUCAGUCCUGUCGACUACUGGAUGUUCCUCAGCCGCCCAGAUAUCGCACGCAUUCUUGCCACAGCCAGGUCAACAAACAAAACUCCCGUUUCCAAUAACCUUGACGGAGAGCCCUUGAUGUCGGAUCUUCUCAGGGAGUUCACUUGGGAGCUAGUUAUAUUUGAGCUAGAACACAAGUGGGCAGAUGGAAAAGUCACCAUUGAGAAAGGAGAGGUUACUGAGCACAAGGCGAAACGGGAAGAGACCAAGGACGCAAAAGAAGACCGGGAGAUGAAGUAUUAG